UUGGAUGAUGGGAAUAAGGAAAUGGCCUUGUCGUUGGGAUCAGGUGUCGGUGUCCACUGUUACAGUAAUUUUCCACCUGUCUCUCCAGAAUAACGCUCGGUACACAUUUUGACGAAAACCUCUCACUAUGGAGGGUUUAGAAAGUGAACUGACGUGCCCUGUCUGUCUGGAACUGUUCAGCUGUCCCUUGCUGUUGCCAUGUCUCCACAGUUUGUGUUUCAGGUGCGCCGACGAUAUCCUCUUACAGACCCUGAAGGCGAAACCAGUAGUCGAGGAGUCAGCGGAGGCGUCGCCUUCCACCGAUCGCGAAGACACCACCACCGGGUUCCCUUGCCCUAUCUGUCGGGAACGAGUGCCCAUCGACGACCGUGGUUUGGACGGGCUGCGUCGAAAUAUGAUGCUAGCAAACAUCGUGGAACGCUACCAGCACCUGUCCAUGACAGAGGGUGCCUCAUUCACCAAAGUUCCUUGCCAGCUCUGCGAAGACGCGCCGAUGGAGGCCUGUAUGACUUGCGUGACGUGCAGGGCUUCGUACUGUGAGCAGUGCCUGUCGACCCUGCACCCGAUGCGCGGCCCUCUCGCCUCUCACGAGCUCGUGGAACCGACGACAAAGCUAGACCAGCCCCGGGUGCUGACGUGCCCCGACCACAGGAACGAGCGGCUGAACAUGUUCUGUCUGACGGACCAGACCCCCGUGUGCUCCCUCUGCAAACUGGUCGGCAAGCACAAGGAGCACGACAUGGAAGAUCUCGGACAGGUGUUCGAGAAAAACUUCGCAGUUUUGCUCCAAAGCUCUGACAGACUGAAGGAGAAGCUGACGUCCCUGAGAGACGGUUUGAAACGGAUGGAAACGUUCAGGGAAGGAAUGAGCCAACGUGCGGCAGAGCUGAAAUCCAAGGUCAGAGACGAGUGUAAGAAGCUUGUGGAAAUCAUACAGCAGCGAGAAACUGACAUGGAACGUGGCGUCGACAAAGCCAAAGAGACUGAAGAGGAAGCGGUAGAGGCAUUCCUGGAGAGAACGCGAGACAACGAGCGUAAGGUCGGCGCCCUGGUGACCUACGUGACCGAGGUUCUGAAGGAAAGAGACGCCGCGGCGUUCUUACAGACGUGGAAGACGCUCCACACGCACGUGCAGAAGGCCCUGCAGUUGCCGGAGCUGAAGGACGACACGGUGUGGCAGCACCUGGAGCACCUGUCUGUAGACUUCAGCUGCACAGCACACACCCUGCACCUGCUGGACUUUGGUCGGGCUCCCAAGGCACCUGACAUUCUAUUGGACAGGUGCUGGACGUCCAUGUGCGCGGCGACGCUCCAGUGGACGGGGGAGGACGCCGACGUCAUGUUUGACGUCAGGUACGCCAAGAGCCAAGAGCCAAGCUCACGGGAAGUGCAAGAAGAAGCGUGGGUGGUGCUGGAGAACGUGCACGGCUUCUCCUGUACCGUGAGAGGACUGGACUCCGACUCUAGCUACAGGUUCGUGGUGACCGCCAAGAACGGAGUGACCAAAACCUCGAGUCACGAGCUGGAGUUAACCACCAAGCCUUUCGUCUUCGCCCUGGACCCGAACACAGCUCACAGGCAACUCCGUCUGUCGGAAAACAACUCCUGCGCCACCUACGAGCCCGGGUCUGACGCCCUUCUCCCCGACCUACCGUCCCGGUUUGUGGAUCAGAAGUUCUCCGUUCUGGGCGACACGGGCGUGACGUCGGGGAGGCACUACUGGCAGGCGGUCGUGGACGACAACUGGUGCACAAUAGGCGUGGCGCACCGCUGGACUCCCCGGGACCAGCACGUCGGGUCGACCCUGCAGUCCUGGGCGCUGUGCAUCUGUAACCGCGACGACAUCGGCGUGGUUCUCCACGGCCCGACCGGAGCGUCCUUCACGCUCGGCUGCGUGUUCCGGACGAUCGGCGUCCUCCUGGAUCACGACGCCGGCACGGUCACCCUGAGCGACGCGGAGACCGGGCGUCUCAUCCACGUGUUUAAGGACUGCCUUUUCACGGAGCCGGUCUAUCCCGCGUUCUCGGUCAGUGGCAGCCUUACAGUCAUCAGUGGCGUGCCCAAUCCGUGGUCUUAGAUAAUCUAAAACGUCACCAGUUUGAGGACUUAUGUAAGAGCAACUGUACGAAAGUUGGAUUUACCAACACUAGCAGUAAUAAAUGCCAGUAAACUAGGGUAAAGUUUACUUUGUAAACAGUACCGGAAAUAACUGUAUGUGGCUUUUUAUUUACUACCAUUGUCUGGUACUUGUUUGAAUUUAAAACUUU